CGUCGCCUUUUCCGUUGCGUUCGCUUGUUUUAUCGCGAAAGUUGGACUUACAUGACUUUUUUUGUUGUUGGGCGCGCGCGCGUGUGUAUGUGUGUGUUGGUCACUCAAACAUGCAACAGUUAGCACGGCUAGCUAGCUUCUUAGCAUCCGUCGUCAAGUUCCGCCAAUGGACGCUUUUGUGAAGAACAUUUUAAAAAAGAAGACUCUCCGAACUGAGCGAACGUGGGCGGUCAGAGAAGAGAUGUAGAGAUGGAAAAAGAAGUGUUCUUGGGGAGGGAGUAGUAAGUGGAGCUAAAGCAACGUGUCCCAUUUCCGCAUUCAUGUUUUUCAUGGAGGGCCAUGUUGAACGACUCGUCUUCACUUCCAACAUGUCGCCCUGAUUGACUAUUUUUUUUUUUUUUUACAUUACUCGCCGAUGAUAACCGCCUAGACGCUGACCUGUACCCUCUGGGAUCCGGCUACGUCCCUGAAAUCGACAGUGUCCAUGACAUAUCAGUUGGCACGAAGAGGGGAUCUGACGAACUCUUUUCUUCCUGCAUAUCCAACGGGCCCUAUAUCAUGAACUCAGCCAAUGGCAACGACAGCAAAAAAUUCAAGGGUGACGUCCGCAGUCCCGGUGUUCCAUCACGUGUGGUGCACGUACGCAAGCUGCCCAGUGACAUAAACGAGGCCGAGGUUAUCGGGCUGGGUUUGCCCUUUGGAAAAGUCACCAAUCUGCUGAUGCUGAAAGGGAAAAACCAGGCUUUCUUGGAGCUGAACAGUGAGGAGUGUGCUCAGACCAUGGUGAGCUACUACUCGUCUGUCACCCCUGUCAUCAGAAACCAUCCCAUUUACAUGCAGUACUCCACCCACAAAGAACUCAAGACGGACAACUCCCCCAACCAAGUGCGUGCCCAGGCAGCUCUGCAGGCGGUCAACACUCUGCACGGAGGCGGGAUCGGUGGCAUGGCCAUUUCUGCAGACACAGGCGGCCUCGCGGGCGCUACAGCUCAGAGCCCCGUUCUCAGAGUCAUUGUGGAGAACCUUUUCUACCCGGUCACCCUGGAUGUAUUGCACCAGAUAUUUUCCAAGAUAGGCACAGUGCUGAAGAUCAUCACUUUCACAAAGAACAACCAGUUUCAGGCUCUCAUCCAGUAUGCUGACGCCAUGACGGCAUAUCACGCUAAAAUGUCUCUGGAUGGGCAGAACAUCUACAACGCCUGCUGCACCCUGAGAAUCAGCUACUCCAAGCUCACUAGCCUCAAUGUGAAGUACAACAACGACAAGAGCAGGGACUACACUCGCCCCGACCUCCCCAACGCAGAUUCCCAGCCCACCCUUGACCACCAGACCAUGGCAGCUGCUGCAUUUGCAGCACCGGGUAUAAUAUCUGCAUCUCCAUAUGGUGGCGCUCACGCUUUCCCCCCAGCCUUUGCCAUCCAGCAGGCAGCAGGUCUUGCAGUGCCUGGUAUUCCCAGUGCCUUGGCGUCUCUGGGCGUCGGGCACGGCGGCAUGGCGGCAGCAGCGGCGGCCGCCAGUCGCCUCAGCCUGGCCGGCCUUGCUGCUGCAGGGGGACACAACGUCCUGUUGGUCAGCAAUCUGAACCCUGAGAGCGUUACGCCACACUGCCUCUUUAUUCUUUUCGGUGUGUACGGCGACGUGAUGAGAGUAAAGAUCCUGUUCAAUAAAAAGGAGAAUGCUCUGAUCCAGAUGUCGGAUGGCACCCAGGCUCAGCUAGCCAUAAGUCACCUGAACGGGCAGCGGCUUCACGGCAGGGCCAUCCGCGUGACUGUGUCCAAGCACACCACGGUCCAGCUGCCGCGGGAGGGCCAAGAGGACCAGGGCCUGACAAAGGACUUCAGCAACUCGCCACUGCAUCGCUUCAAGAAGCCCGGCUCCAAAAAUUACUCCAAUAUCUUCCCACCCUCUGCGACUCUCCAUCUCUCCAACAUACCGCCUUCUGUGGUGGAGGAAGACCUCAAGAGGCUUUUUGCCAGCUCAGGAGCCACAGUCAAAGCCUUCAAGUUCUUUCAAAACGAUCGCAAGAUGGCCCUGAUCCAGAUGGCCUCAGUCGAGGAAGCCAUUGAGUGCCUGAUCGAGUUCCACAACCACGACCUGGGAGAGAACCACCACCUUCGAGUGUCCUUCUCAAAGUCCACCAUCUGAGUGCCUCUCUUUUGUGUGCGUCUCCCUCCCAAGGCGAUUUACUGCCUGAUUGCGACCAUUCUCCCAAUUGCAUUCAGUGCAAAUUCCAGGUUCACGGCUGUUUCCUUGCAGAGAGUUGCUCCCUUUUGACUUUAAAGUUUUUCUUCGUCUCUAGUAGCUUUGGGUAUCGAUCUUUUUUUUUUUUCACAUUUGAAUUUUUUUUUUUUUUUAAUAUAUGUAAAAACAAAACCAGAUCUUUCUUUUGGUGUUCAAGUCAGGUAAAACGGUGCUUGGGUGUUAAAACGAUGGGCAGACAACUAUUGUGUUUGCGUACAAACCUGCUUAGUUUAGCCAUUCAGGGACGAGCUUCUUUACACACAAAUGUUUUUAACUGCUUUUAUGUUUAGAAAACGUCUUGUGCCCAUCCUGCGGCACACCUGCAUGGGCGCCGAUGUAAGCACAACCAUGAACGAGAAGCAUAAAGACCUGACCCAGACCAGCUAUUUGGCACCCAAAUGAGGCAGCUGAUGAACUGUCACUUAAAAAGACCAAAAUUGCUUAAAGACACACUUCAGCAUUCCUUUCCAACUCCGUGACAUUGUGUGCCUUCGGAGGCAAUUUUUUUUUUUUUUUUUUUUUUUACUCCAAAGACCACCAAUUAUUUUUUUAAAAUAUAUUCUUCUCAUUAAGUGCUCACCAAUUUGCUUCAAGGGAUGUUUACCACUAUACUGUAGUCGUCUCUGUUCCAAAAGCAAAACCUAUCUCUGUAUCUACUCUAGUCUCGUGCCUUACUUCUCUCCCCGCUGAGCCACCUGCCUUAAGCAAUCGCUCUGGCUUCUGGGAGGAAAAAAUAAAAAUACGAUGAAGUUGAAAUUUGGCGGCGAAAGUGGUUCAAAUGGAUGGUAAAACACAAGUUGUAAAGGUUUGUGUGCAUAUAUCCCUAUACGUAUGUAGAAACCUAUGAAUGUAGAUGCGCGACAUGCUUGCUAGGCGAUGUAGCGCCAUCAGGCGACCACCUUAUGUUCAUCUAUAUGUGGACACCCUAUAUAUUCUAUUCAUUUAUCCUUUUUUAAUGUUAGCAUUUAUCUUUUCUUCUGAACUUAACUGUUAGUAGUGGCCUGGUUGGAUGCUUAUAUAACACAGUGCCUUCACCCACUGAGGCUUUUUCAUGUUGUCUAACCCCCCCCCCAAAAAAAACCCACCACCACCACCUGACUGCUAAGAUUCAGUUUUACCACCAAGCUCAGGUAAAUCGCACCUGUGAGAGGGCAUCUGUCAGUUCUAAUAAAACUUUUUUCUUUUUUAGUGCACUUUGCCCACUAUACUUACCCUAACCCUUCCUCACAUGAUCCCUCAAGAGUUUGACUCGAGUCUUAAACGCGGUCACAUUCCUCGUCAGUGCCUCCAGCAGCGGUUCUGUGUAGUCCUGGAGAAGAUACAGAUGUGUAUUUUUCUAAAGAUGAUUAUGCAUGGUUUAACAAAGAGCUUCAUGUAGCUUCAGACGGUUAUUGUUGUUGUCGAGGACCAAAGUACCCUCUGCGGUUUUGUAGUGUUGUGAUUUCUUAAGUGUGCUCCUUCGUCCCCCUUGCCCCCCCCCCCCCCGGGCACACAUUCCAUCACCUGACCCCAACAGAUACUGUAUCCAUUCACCAUUCCUGAUACCGUGUAGACAAUAAUUACACCUUGAUGUUGUUUUUGUUUGUUAGCUUUUAUGUUUCUCCUUUUUAUACGGGGGAGGGGGCUGCUGGUUGUAUAUAUUCAUGUUUUUGUACCACACGAUCAUUUGGAUUAUAAAGACUUUACGUUCAAAACAUGUAUAUUUUGAUAAGGCAAUACAAUAUUAAAAAAAGCUCCCCCAGA